AUGGAGAGGCACCAAAGUAACAACAUCACAGCAUUCAUCUUAGUUGGAUUCCCAACAUAUCCAGAGCUACAAUUAGCUCUCUUCCCUUUUUUCCUCAUAAUAUAUAUUUUUACUGUAACUGAAAAUGUGGUCAUCAUUGUAACCAUCAAAAUGAAUAUUUUACUACACAAACCAAUGUAUUAUCUUUUGUGCAGUUUAUCUGUCCUGGAAAUCUGUUAUGUCACAGUCACUGUACCGAAUCUCUUAAAUAACUUCCUCACUCAAAACAAAAAGAUCAACUUUUUUGCCUGUAUGGCUCAGUUAUAUAUUUUCAUAUCCCUUGCCUGCACUGAAUGCUUUCUUUUAGCAGUCAUGGCUUUUGACAGGUAUGUGGCAAUAUGUAUCCCUCUGCGUUAUACAGUCAUCAUGAGUAACACUUUUUGCCUAUAUUUGGCAGUCGGCUCCUGGGUGUCUGGGUUUGCCAUAGCUAUGUCAAAAGUCAUCUUCAUCUUCAGACUGUCCUUCUGUGGCCCCAAUGUUAUCAACCAUUUUUUCUGUGAUAUUUCUCCAGUGCUGAAUUUGGCAUGUUCAGAUGUUUCUCUUGCUGAAUUGGUGGAUUUUAUUUUAGGCAUGAUAGUUAGUCUUGUUCCUCUUGCCGUUAUUGUGUUCACCUAUAUAUGUAUUAUAUGGUCAGUUAUGAAAAUUUCAAGCAGUGCUGGACGGAGAAAGACCUUCUCCACGUGUGCGUCACAUCUUACAGUAGUCGCCAUAUUUUAUUCCACAACAUUUUUUAUCUAUGCAAGGCCUAAGAAAAAUAACUCAUAUGAUAGAAAUAAAUAUGUGUCUAUUUUAUAUUCAAUUUUGACUCCACUUUUAAAUCCCAUCAUAUAUUGCUUUAGGAAUGGUGAAGUAAAAAAAUCUAUUAGAAGGACACUAAGUAUAAAAGCAACCUGUUCACAACCUCAAACAGUCACACUC